UCAAUAAAUUAUACAGUCAUUCAAUGAGUACAACGAGUCUACAUGUUACGAAGUCGAAGGGUUUAUCAUUAUGCUGAAAUCAUUGAUCCAAUCUAAUGGUAGUCCGUAAUACUAUGAUUAAUGAAUAAACUUAUGUUCGAUAUUGAACCCUCGUGUCUGUUAUGCAAAUACAAUUUUCAUGUUUUUCUUGAAACUCAGCUAAAUGAUGGUGUGAGUUAACAAUGUCUUCACUGCCUUAUCAUAUGAAUAUGGGCGCGUUCGCCAUGCUUUCUUCUUACCUUCGCUCUUAUUAUUAAAACCAUACGAAAUCAAAUGAAACAAAUAAAGCAAAUGUUUUUGUAUGGAGCUUUUUGUUUCGUUACAAAAUAAUUAUGUAUUCUUUUGUAAGACAAGGCUUUUGUCUCAACAAAAUACAAAUUAAUCAUCUUUAUAUGUAAUAUAAACACCGUAUGCUUGAUAAGUUAUGUUCAAGUUUUGUAAAAGUAAGGUGAAAUAGCUUCUACUCAAUGCCAGGAUUAAAAUUGAUUGUCGGUGACGUUAAAUAAAUGUAAUAAAAUAAUGUUGUGUAUUAUGUUAUUAUUAUUUAUUUAUUAUUAUUAUUAUGUUUUGAGCACCCAUUGGCGAUUUUAAUAAAUGUAUUUUAAAACGUUCAUCUGUCUUUCUGUAGGUAUGUCCGUCCGUAAGUCCGUUCAUCUGUCUGUCUGUUUGUCAGUCUGUAUAUCUGUCUGUCUCCGUCCGUUUGUCCAUCUGUCUGUAAGACUGCUAGUUAUCAAAUUAAAUAAUAACUCAUUAUUGCUCUCAAACACAAUAAAUAUUGAGUAAAUGUGUAAACGUGUGUACAUAUGAAAAAGCAACACGUACUUCCUUUAAAGGGGCCUUUUUACGUUUCACGUUUUGGUAAAUUGACAAAAAUUAAAAAGUUGUUUCAGAUUCGCAAAUUUUCGUCUUAGUUAUGAUAUUUGUGAGGAAACAGUAAUACUGAACAUUGACCGUGCUUAAAAUAGCCAUUAUAUGCAUCUUUUGACGAUUUAAAAACAUGAAAAUUUAUUAAGCGUUGCAACUCAAAACGAAUUAAUAAUUUGGAGAGUUUUGUUGUCGUUACAUUUUAUGAAACUACGAGGAUUGCGUAUAUUAAGUAUAAAAUACCUCACUGUUCGCAUGAGCACGGAUGGUCGAGUUGUCUAAAUGGGAUACUUUUUACUCCAGGACUCCAGGGGUCAGUGGUUCGAGCCCUGUUGAGGGAUACAUUUUUUUUAAAUGUUAUUCUUCAUAAUUUACUGGAGAUAUUUAGAUCCAAUGUUUAAAUUUAUCGAUAUAAAACAUUUAAUGACAAACUUUAAUACAUGCCAAAAUCUGUGAAGAGGCCCCUUUUUAACUCUUUUUUAAAAUGCACUUUGUUGCAAAAUAUCAAAUCGAUUGAUUUUAAAUUGUAUUUUGUUUAAUGCCUUUAUAGUAUUCUAGAGGGCGAAUGAAAUUAGGGCGAACGAUUGUCACGCCGAACUUACCCGAUACCUUUCAUACUAAGUUAGUUCUGCUAAAUUAUUACCAAAGAUCGUACAUUGAUAGAUAAUUUUGAAUACAUUUAUAAGUCAAUAACGGUACCGUAAAAAAUACAACAAAUCAACAAAAUCCGAGGAUUGCUGCUGCAUUGAAAAGCUGCAAGUCAUUUAGUCUAAAUAAAUCAUAUAUGCAUGAAAUGUAUUAGUUUUAUAUCGAAGUUAACACGCUGGAAUAUAGUUUCUAAAGAUUGCAAUAUAAAUGUCUCAAUAUUUGCACAUGGUUGGAACUCUUCGAUGUUUUCAACGUAAUGACUGAUUGGUGUGUUUAACUGAAUAAGAAUGUGAUGGAGAAAGUGAGUGUAAAUCUCCGCUAAUUGCAAAUAGAUCUGAUGUUCGCAAUUCUUAUACUCGAACUGACGACGCUCAAGAUAUAUCCAGAGAUUCGGAAGAAAAUGAUGAUCUGGAUUUCCACACUGCUGUUUAUAAUAUCUCUCAUGUGCAGAUCGAUGUAUGUGAGCAAUCAACGUCUAGUUUGACUGACGUCAGUUCAAACAUUGUUGGACAUACGGACGUUACUGGGAAUGGUAGUACACCAACUGAAAGAUUUUUUAAAGCUGUUUCGAUGUUUCUUUCUUUUGUUGCUGUGCAUAGUCCUUACAGGGGACUACAUUUGCUAUGACAGUCCUUCUGGUAUCCUACAGCAUGUCAUCGAGGAUAUGGGCAUAUCAGAGACGCAAUACAUGGGCUUCUUCUCCACACUACAGUGGACAGACAUACCGUCCUCGCUUUUGGGGUGGGGAUUUCUAGUUGACAGGAUUGGAAACAGACUGAGCAUGCCGAUCUCCACCGGACUAAUUGCGGCUUCCCAUACCCUCUUUGCAGUGGGUGCCCUUUUUAAGAACUACUGGGUCAUGUGGGUCGUCAGAGCCUUGUUUGGGCUCGUAGCCGCCCCGUCAGCCAUUGCAAACGACAACCUGACGGUGAAGUGGUUCCAACAAAGCAUGCUCAAUAUGGUGAUGGCCAUGAAGACAAGUCUAGGACGGGUGUGCAGUGUUUUAACUCUGAAUAUCAUGGAUCCCAUAUACGACUUCGUGUCAGCUCGUACACAGCCUAUGUACACCCUUGGUGUAACGCUGUUCACAGGUUCAUGUUGUGGCCUUCUGUGCACGUUAGCGGCCAUAUUGGCGGCCGUCAUUGAUCGGCGUUCUGACGUACAAAAACUCAUUGAUCAUCCUCCAGUGGCUAAGGACGAUAGCAAAAAAGAGGAAUCGAAGUUUAUCCGUAUAUCUGAUGUAAAGCGAUUUCCGUCCACAUUCUGGCUUAUUGCCAUCAGCUCCGCUCUCUUCUACCUGCAGCUUUUCCCCUUCGUGACACAGGGAGAGCUGUUCUUUGCAACGAAGUAUUCAAGAAGUCCGAAAGAGGCAAUUACGAUAAACAGCAUGGUAUACCUGGUUGGAGCGGUUUCGAUGCCACUGUUCGGUGUUGCCAUCGACAGAGUGGGUCGUAACCUGUACUUCCUGAUGACCCGCCUCGUCCUGGGGCUGACCAGCCAUAUCAUGAUGACCUUCACCUUUGUGGAGCCGUACGUAUGCACGGUGAUUCUUAGUCUAGGAUACUCCUUGGUAACCACCACAUGUUGGCCCCUGGUGUCCUACGCGGUCCCUCUGAGGUACCUCGGCACUGCGUUCGGAAUCAUGGGCACCAUUAUUUCUGUGGGGCAGGCUAUUGAUACGUAUUUUGUUGGCUUCAUCGUCGACACUGCGGGCUAUCUGGUCCUUGAAGUGUUCUUUACCAUGUGCGUCAUCUGUUCAAUGAUAGCAGCUGCGUUGUUGUAUUUACGGGACGCGUCAACAGAUGGCCUACUGAAUCUAAGUACAAAACAACGUGCAGUUUUUCUCAAGCAUCAUGUGUGAGACAGACUUUGUAGAAAACGUUCAGAUUUGCUGUGAGAUUUUAAAUUUAAUUUGAUUAAAUUUCGGCGUGUUAUUGUGAUUAUUUUGUUAAUAUUGUUGCAUGCAGUGCCAAAUUAUUGUUUGUUUUAAAAUCUCAGCAUUACAUGCGCGUGUAUGUUGGUAUGAUGUUUUACAGAGGAAAUAAAAUAUUGCACUUAAACAUA